AUGAAUGCAUCAGGUAACGGUAACGACUACCCGAUGCAUCCCGAAGACGGCGACGACCACAUGAUGGUGCAUCCCGAAAACGAGCAACGGAGGAAGGGCAAGGGGAGACAGAAGAUCGAGAUGGCGAAGAUCGAGAACGACACCAAUCUCCAGGUCACCUUCUCAAAGCGCCGCGCAGGCGUCUUCAAGAAGGCGAGCGAGCUGAGCAUACUGUGCGGCGCCGAGUGCGCCCUUGUGGUCUUCUCCCCGGGCAACAAGCCCCACUCCUUCGGCCACCCCAGCGUCGAAGCUGUCACCAACAGGUUCCUCCAAGCUAACGGCGGAGGUGGAGGGGCUCCGCCGCCAGUGAAUGCAGCGGAAAGGAUGAUCAUGGUCCACAGCGAGGCGGCCACGGCCCAGCGCAACCAGGAGCUGGUUGCGUUGGAGACGCGGGUGGAGCAGGCGAAGCAGAGGAGGAGGGAGCUGGACGGCAUGGUUCCUCCGCUGCAGAUGGAAAAUCUCAACUACGAGCAGCUCGAGCAGCUGAGGAACUCGGUGUUGAUGUACAAGCACGGGGUCGGAGCCAAGUUCAGCGGUGCCACGUCAUCCUCGGUGGGCCCCGGUGCUUAUCGCUACGGUCAGCCGGGGUUGGGAUACACGGUGCAGUAUCCGGCAAUGGGGGAUAAUAAUGGUAUGGCUGGCUACAAUUAUGGAGAUCCCUCCGCCGUUGUUCCGUAUGACCCCGCCACCGGCACCUCUAACGAUAAUUAUGGAGGAUUUCCCGGCAACUACCACCACCACCACCACCCUGGGUAUUAG